AGUGGUAGAGAGCGCGUAUGAAACCUUAGGCUGUGUGCAAUUUUGAACCAACGUUUUUCGGGCCCGGUCUUCACGUUGAUGUUUUAGUGGUCAUACUGCUGGCAUGGAUGGGAUUUAUAAUUUAUAAACUGCAUGGAGCCUAAUAAUAUAAAUGUGAAACCUGAACCAUUGUUUAGUAAUCUGUCCACUGGAGUGUUAUAUCCUCUUUCUGUUCACAAUCCCGGUAAUAAUCAGUUGAGUCCUUCAUGUACUGUUCUCCAAGAUGAUUCCUUUCCAAACUCAAGCUCGAUUCGUAUACCUUCAGUUGGUUUUCCGCUCAAUGAUUCCGAUAAAUUGGAUACUUCGACAACAGUAUGUUUGUCAUCCCAAACAAAAGCUGAAUUUUAUUCAGAAUCAGAUAAAAGCAAUCACAAUUCACUUUCUAGUUCUACGGACUCAAACACAAAGCCUUUAUCUGUCCAUUGUGCCGAAGAGUCAUCAAAUGUUUUUUCCGCGCAAUCAUCUCUACCCUCCCUCAAUUCAGAAUUUCAGGUCCCGAAUCUCCCAAGCGAAUGCUCACAUAAAUUCCCUGUACAUGCGGCUGCCAAGCCUAGUGAAGCAUUGUUUGUUCGGGCCUUAAUUGGACGUUGCAAGCGUAUUGCUCCUUUGUGGUUUCGGGGUGUUUCAUCAAUGCGUGAACGCAAUCGGGAAGAAAACCGCCGCAUGGCAUGUAACAGUGGCCAGAGCCAAAGUGAUUGGAGUCUCAUAGCAUUAAAAAUCGGGGAAAUGAAUGCUGGAAGUGAAACUGAUGCUGUAUCAAAUCUGCUCAAAAAGUUGUAUAAAGAGUUGCCCAGUGAUUCAGUAUUUUGGUUUCUUAAAUGUUGGCUUGGAAGUGAGGAUACUUUAAAUGAUCCGCAUUCUUGUGUUAUAAGCCGUGGUGAUGCUAAAGGCCGUAUGCGACGCAUUGAUGGUGGCAAAGGUUCUGAUAAAGUUUGGAGAUUAGAUACAAUUGUUGGUAUGCUGUAUCAUGGUUUACCAAUGUCAAGUACCGACACCAACAUCAUGGUUCAUACAUGUGAUCAUGAAUUAUGCGUUCGACCACAGCAUAUUCGAUUCAGAGCUAGUUCAGUAGCGCUUGUUGUGGUUUUAAAGGCAUUGGCUCAAGCAGGUUACACCAUUAUUCCACCAUCGAUUGCUGCCAAUCCUGAAGGAAUUGCUCCUAAUGUACCGGAUGAAUAUGUAGAUGUAUUUGGGCCUUUUUCUAUAGAACAACUUCAACAAUAUAGAAGUGAAAACUUAAAUCCUGCCAAUGAGUCUAUAUCUAAGCUUACUUUAAGUGCAUCUGAUCGUGACUUAAUCGAUCUGGUUCCAGUUAUUAAAGAUGCUUUACAGAAAUCUGAAACUACAACUACAAUGACAACAACAAUAACAACGGGAUCGAUGAAUUUGAACCGCGCCAAUUCAUUUCCAAAUUCAUAUCUAUCCUAUGGUGGUUAUCAUAAAUCUCAUAAAUUAGAUCCAUUACAUGAAUCAUUAACCAUAACAACUACAAUUAAUAAUUUUUCAUUGAAUACACUUAAUUAUACUCAACAACCAUCACCUAUAUAUCAACAUUCAAUGAAUGAUUUCAAUCAUUCAACAUUAAUAUGCUCUACAAAUAGAAAUCAUUCAAUUCAAUCUAAUAAUCUUAAUAAUAAUAAUAAUAAUCAUGAUUCAAUGGUUUAUUCAAAAGAUCAUAAUGGAAUUCUAUUAAAAUCUGAACGUUAUAGUUUAAAACGACCAAGACCAGUAUCACCUAGUUCAUUUCCAUCAUCACCAGCAAAAAAUUCAUAUCAUUUACAUUCUUCAUCAAGUCCACCUCUACUUAUAUCUGGAAUACCAUUUAGUAAUAAUAGUAAUAGUAGUAAUAAUAAUGCUAAUGCUACUACUACUACUAAUAAUAAUAAUACUCGAAUUUCACAAAUCCAUCCACAAAUUCGUCGACCAUCAGAUUCAACAUUAUUAACCAAUGGGAAUAUUUCAUCAUUGAUCUCAAAUAAUCCUAUUAGUUUGACAUGUGCCAAUAAUAAUAAUAAUAAUACUUCAAGUGCAUUUUAUACUUUUUCUAUGCAUGAUAAUUCUUCUGCCUUAUCUAGAUCACUUCAAUGUGCUAAUACUAUUACUACUCCUACUACUGCUACUAUUAAUAGUAAUACUACUGCUACGACUUCUAUAGUUAUCUCUACUUCGAAUAGUCUAUUACCUCAUACUUCUCCUAACUCUUAUGUAUCACGAUCUAUUAAGAAUGAUCAAGAUCAGUCAAUGCUUCAUGAUCAUCAUUUUCAUUCUGAUCAAUCAUUAGUUCAACGACAAAACCAAGAAGGCGAAGAGGAAGAGAAUGAUGAUGACGGCGAUGACGAUCAUUCAUCAUCACCAUUUCUACUUCAAUCGUGCACUACCAUGCAACAACAACAACGUCACUGUAAUUUAAAUAAAGAUGGUACAUUCCUUUGUUCACAACCGUAUCUUGGAUUAAUAGUCAAUAGUAGUUCAAUGAAUGGCUUACAUAUAUAUCCAUCUUCUGUUAACAAUACAUUAAAUACGACUACUAAUAACAAUAAUAUUAAUACAACAAUAUCUUGGAUGAAUAGUUCCAAUUACUCAUCUAGUGGGAAGUCAACACCUCGGCAACCGGCGAAAAAACGUCCUGAAGCUAGAACACCAACUAUAGAUGGUUCAUUAGAUGAAAACCUACUGUCAUAUCCUCUAUCAAAUUCAUUAACUAGCAACACCUCAAUGAUGACAACAUCGACAGCAACCGGAUUAUGCAAUUUUGAUGAUUCACAUUCACAUUUAUCAACAACACCUGUAACAUCGACAGAAUCGACAACGAAUACCUUUAUGGUACAUCAUAAAUCACCAUUCGUCCCAGUGCAUAGUAGAAUUGGUCGUCCCAGUUCAACAGAACUAAUUCCUACUAGUUUAAAUUAUAUAAAUAAUGAUCCCGGUUCACGUUGUCUUUCAUCAUUUACAACAAAUAUGACAGUAAAUAAUUCACCAAAAAAACAAAUUUCAGAAAAAUAUCAAUUAAUAACCAAUGCUGCAAAUGUUAAUUUCUCUUCUACACAUCAUAAUACCAGUGAUCGUAAUGUUGACGAAGAUGUUGUUGAUGAUGAUGAUGAAGGUGAAAUGGAUCAAGAAUUAGUUGAUAUUAUGGUUGCACGUAAUACCGCUUCAACUGUAUCAAAUUUUUCAUCAUAUUCUUCAUCGAAUUUAAAUAAUUCAUUUAAAUCACAAAUUAGCCACAAUGAAAUUCAUCCGCUUCUGUUAAAUUAUAACAACAAUAAUCGUAGUAUUACUACCACUAAUAAUAAUAGUAAUAUUAAUAAUCGACAAGAUUUACUGAAUUCUGAUGAGAUCGGUAGUGCUAGUCCAAAUGGAAGACGUGUGAUAGCUGCAAUUGUUGCUGCUUUAGCGAAUGUCAGUGAAUCACCAUUAAUGAUGGAGAGUUCAACUCCAGUUAAUAAUUCAAGACGAAGUGUAUCAGCUUGUAGUCUUCCACAUAUAGAUGUUAAUGCAUUAAAUGAAGAUUCAUUGGAUUUAUUUUCACAUCAUAAUCAUAAUCAUCAAAAUAAUCAUAUUAAUGGUAAUUUUAUAACUAAUAUACAUCAAAAUCAUAUUGGUCAAUCUAAUAAAAAUAAUUCACUAAAUGGUAAUAGUGAAUGGAAUUAUUCAAAUAAAUCGAUGACUAGGAAAUCAUUAAGAAUUGGAAUUGGUGAUGAACAACCAUUGACUCCACCACCGCCUAAAUUAAUGUCAUCAUCAUUAUCAUCAUCGUCAAGAAAACUUUUGACACCUUUAUCAGGACCAAUGAUAAGAACAACAACAUCAACAGUUUCAUUACGGAAUGAAAUCAAUUCAUUUACUGAUGAUCAUGCAACAUUAGACAUUAUUCCUAAAUUAUCACCUAAUGUUAAUUGUACUAUGAAUGAUGAUGAUAAUAAUAAUAAUAAUAACAACAUUGGUGAAUACAAUUUGAAUAGGAAAGAUUCAUCUCCACAAGAAUCGUCAAUGCAUGAAUUGGCUACUCUACUUCGUAAUUCACCGGCUUCAGGAAUUAGUCAAGAGUUGAUUGAUAUGCUUGCUAACAUGGCUCAACAAUAUGGAAUGCAACAAUCACGUACAGGUAGUCGUGCUAGUCGUCCAUCAAGUCAAGUUGCUCAACGUUUUUAUCGAAGCCUAGUUAAUGGUUCUGUUUGUGGUUCACCAUUUCCAAUAACUCCUGUUGGUAAUUCUACUUCAUCAACAUUUAACUUUCUUCAUACACCUAACAGUUGUGGCGGAGUCAGUGGAGUAGUAAGUGGUGUCUCUGUAGGAGGUAUUGUCAGUUGCGAACAAAACAAUAAUAUAACACCAUUGAGCUAUUGUCAUCAAACAAAUGGAUUAACUACUACCACUACUGAUAAUAAUAGCAGUAGUUAUUCCACGUUACCAACUAAUCAUUUGCAUAGUUUUAGUUUCACUCCAUUGUCUGUUGAUGAUUUAGACUCAUCGACUAGUUUACAAAUUCUACCAACUUGUACAAAUCAUGAAUUAUUAUUGACAAAUAAUCGUAAUUGUAUAAAUCAAUGCGGAAUAUUGAAUCAUCAUCAUCAUUGUUCCUCAUCACCGUCUUCAUCUCAAUUUAUUUCCUCCUCUUCUUGUUCGUCAUCAUCAUCUUCCUCUACCAUAUCAUCGUUUCAUAGUCAUACUAUCAAUAAUAAUAAUAAUAAUAAUACUGUACCGAUGUCGUCGACAGCAUCUGCUUUCUCACUGCACAACUAGAAGUGUUUGUUUGUGUGUGAGAGAGAGAGUAUGCUUCGAGCGCCCUCUUCCCUUCUUCUUGUGAUGAUGUACACAAAUAUGUGUAUAUGUUUAUAAUAUACAUAUAUGUUGCUUAUUUGCUUUUUCACAGGGAACGUUUUUUCUCUCUUUGUCAGCUGUUUGAGUAUACAAAAGUGUUUUUUAAUAAUUGUUCUUAUAUUUUCAGAGGAAACGAUAUUCUUAAAAUCAAUAUUAUGCAUUCAAUUUUAAUGAUUUGUUGACUAUAUUUUGCCUAUUUACUAUUUAUUGUUUGUUAUAUGAACCGAUCAUGAUUGCAUUUUACACUGUGUGUGUGUGUAUGUGUGUUUAUCAAUGUCUGUAUGGCUUCCUAUUUUCUUUUUACUUUGGUGUGUAUUUCAUAGUUUCUUUCGAAUUAUCGUUAUUGUUAUUUGUUUACUUUCUUGUUUCAUUUUUUCUUUUUUCUUUCAAUACUCUGACAUAUAAUUGAAUAUGCCUAUUUUUACAAUUGAUCAAUAUAUGCUUUUGUUCUAUCGGUGAAUAUGUUCAUCAUUCAACUAUCCUGAACCUUCGCAGAAAAGUUUACGGGGGAGGGUGUAGGUGCAAUUUUUUUCCCCAAACUUUCAAAUAAAUCGACAUCGACUUAACUGAUGCCGUUAUUAUUAUAAUUUUGUCAUUGUGGUUCUAGAAACGUCAUUGAAUUCCUAUAGUUUACAGUGUCUUAUUUGUUUAUGAUUGUGUGUACAGAAAAAAAAUAUCAGGUGUAAAAUGUAUAUUUCCAUUAUCUCCCGUUUAUUCCCACUUGGACUAUGUAUUACAUCCUUUAAUGCAUAUAUGUAUGCAUGUAUGUGUGUUUUUGGACAGAAACAACAUCAUUACGUCACCGAUGGUGCUAAAGAGGAAUUGUAAGGAUUGUGCUAUCUUAUAUGUAAUCUCUUAAACUCUCUCUGUUUAUUUACUUUUUUCUACAUGGUUGUAUAUGUAUUUCGAAGCCUUUCUCAUUAACAAUUUCUAUUCAUUCUUUAUUGUACACAAUUAUAUCUGGUAUUUUUUUAAAAUAUAUACACAUGUACUACUUAUGGCUCCUUACUACUCCUACUUAUAUCCAUGUAAGCAUUAUAUUACCCGGUUGCUACAAUUGAUUGAUACAUUCAUUCAUUCAUUGAAGGUAUACGUAUAAAUACUGUGAAUGCUUAUUUUAUGAUAGAUUUUUUACCGGUUGUUUUUCAUUGUAUGUAUGUGUGUUCAUCACAUUUCAUCUAUCUAUCUAUCUAUGUAUUAUUGUUCGACAUAAUUAUAAAUCACGGUGACUAAUAGUACACCAGUGUUAUUUUGUCAAUUCUACUUUUAUGCAAUACCUUUUCUCAUUUUAUUCUAUACAUAAUGAUUAUUUAUUUGGUCAUUUUUAUAUUACAGCGCCAAAAGAUAUAUUAUGUAAACAUUUAUUUAUUUAUUUACUUAUUAUUAUAUCCCCGAUUACAUACUACUGGUAUCUGUCUACCUAUUGCGUCCAUCUCCCCGCUCUGUCUCUCUCUCCCACUCCCCCCUACACACAUACACACAGAAAGUAGAAACUUCUUCGCCUGUAUAAUAACUUAAUUUGCUCAUAUAUAUUAAUAUAUAUCAUUCAUUCUAUGGUUGAUUGAUUGGCUUUCAUUGUUUCUAUUCUCCUCCUCCCUGUGUUUUCAUUUCUCUUUUUUAUUGUUUCUUCUCAUCAUGAUAUACCGUAUAGAUAUAUAUUUGUUUGCCACUCUCCUCCUUAUCUCUUAUUUGUAAUAUAUAAAUAAAUAUUUUUCUAUAUGCUCAAGAGAUUGUGAAAUACCAGUUAAUAAUAAUAAUAAUAGUCAAUAUUAUUCUAUAUGCCUUGUAUUUAUUUAUUCGUGAUUUCUUUCCUCUUCAUCAUGAAUAGUUACUAUCUGAAUUUGUAGAUAUAUGAUAAUUACAAUGUGCUUAUGUGUGUCUGUGUGCGCGUGCACACAUUAUUCUAAAUUGGGGGAAAAUAUCACAUUACAAAGACAUGAAUAGAUAGAGGGGGGGAGUGAUAUGUAUUAUUAUAUUCUGCAAAAAAGGAAUUUAAUCACCAUACCCAUACCAUGCAACAUACUACUGAUGAUAACGUGGGAAAAUUUUCUUUCAUUGGACAGUGAGAAAGAAGAAGAAGAAAACAAAUAAUAUUUAUUUAUUUAUAAUAUUUCAUGAUUUUAGGCUUUUAUUUUAUAUAUUUUUAUGAGUCCCUAUCCCAUCGUUUCCGCUCCCUCCAUAUCCCUCAGUGUCUUUUAUAGAAUAUAUAUUCAAUGAUUUCAUGUUGUAUAAUUUUUUUUUGGGGGGGGGGAACAACGUAUUGGUAAAUAAAUUUUAAAUUACAAAAUUUGUAAUUCUAAUGUAUUUCUCAUUAUGAAGAAAAAAGUGGUCUGUAUGUGUAAGUGUGUAAUUGAGUAUAUUCUACUAUUGUAUAUGUAUUCUUACUUGUAUAUGUAUGUGUAGAUACACUAUUCACAACUAUAUAUAUAUGAAGUAAUUGUUCUUGUUCUUCUUCUUUCGACGUUCUUCGUGUAUCAUUCUAUUCUUCUGUCAGUUUUUCCUCCUCCUCUUCUUCUUCUUCUUCAAAACUCUGCAAAUCUCUUUUUCUGUACAGAUUAAUUGAAUUGUUGUGAUGAAGGAAGAAUGAAUGUUGUAUUGAUUAAAGCACAACUUAUUGAUCCGUUGAAUAGACCUCCCAACUGAAUUGAAUUUCAACGACUAGGUAGUGAUAGUUGAGAUCUAUAUAUAUGUAUUCAUACUAGUUUAUAUUACAAACAAUUGAGCUCAAAAUCAACUGUGUAUUUAUCGUUCAUUAAUUAUAAUGAGGAUGUAUGAGAAAUGAAUACAAAGAGAGAGAAAGAGAAGAGUGGUGGAAGAAGGAUAAACAAUAUUGGUUUUUCUUUGGUGUUUCUUUUCAUUUCGAAACUUUAUAUAGUGUAAAUGCUUGCGUUUGUAUGUGUAUGUAUGUAUGUAUGUGUUACCCCUGUACUCAUCUCCUACCUUUAAAAUUUAAUUUACAUAAAAUCUACCAUAUAUAAUUGUAAUUCAUUACCGGUUAAUAGAAAUAAUACAUUAUGAAUUGCUAUGCUUACAAUGUUUGUUUGUCCCUCCCCCCCUUUGAAUUAGCCUUUUAAUCCUCGUAAUCAUAUAUAUAUAUAUAAAAUUGUUUCUAACAUUGUUUUUUUUUCUAAAAAGAAAAGAACCUUCUAUUGCCUUCAUUGUAUGUGCAUGCGUUAUUUGUGAUUUGAAUAAAGGUUUUUGAUAAUAUGAUUAUUAUAAAAUAAUAAUCACUAUAAUAUAUAUAUACAUAGUUACCAUCACUGUUUUUCUUUUCCCUUCCCCUCCUUUGUUUUUUUCUUUUUCUUUGUUCUGUUUAUUUGUUUAUUUAUUUUUCUUCAAUUUAUUAUAAAGAAGCAGAGAUUAACUGAAAUUGAUACAUGUACGUAUAUGUAUGUAUGUAUAGUGAUGUUGUAAUUAUUCGAUUUAAUUAUUGCUAAGAUGAUCCGAAUUCUUUUGUAGUAUGAACAUAUAUAUAUCUAUCAAUAA